AUGCGUCUCCGCUUAACAAUUUUCUUAUUCACAUUGCAAACCGUUUCGGAGUCAUGCAUUCCGACUCAACAGGUGGAAACUACAACUAGCACAACCACAACGACGACAACUACAACUACCACAACAACAACUACACCAUCAACAACUACAACAACUGUGUUAACUGAACCACCAUUCCCAUGCACAACGUGCCCGAAGGUGUACGAUACAGCUUGCCAAGGCUUUGGAAUACCAAGUUUAAUUGAUUGGUGCCCUCAAGCGGCUGAAGUCGGAGUCAACUAUUUUCUUGGCCUUGUUGCUGCUCUUCCAUUCUUACCAGCAGAUUCUUGCUCGACCACUAUCGUUUGUCCGCCCGGCACAACUCCCAGAGUCAAUCUAUUCGGUUCGUCAAUUCCUGCUCCAACUCCCGCAACUCUUGCAUACUGUAGACAAACUGGUCCUGACGCAGGCACAUGGUUUACAGGCGUUCCACCAUUUGAGAUUGAACUUACUUCAUUGACGUGCCAAUCAGUAGUGUCAGGAUAAUAAAAAAUCGUAUUUUAAAUGCUAAUAAAACUUAUAUCAAUAUUACUAAUUAUAAUAACAAUCAUACCAAGUUAAUAAAUAUU